UAACGACGCUACCAAUUAAAUUCAAUAUCUUUGUAUCUAGCAAAUCAAUCCUGGCUUUAAUUUACAUUCGUCUUAGGUACGGUGUAUCAUGCGCUAACUUUAAUUGACAUAAACUUACUACGUAGUAUGAGUACAGAAUUGGCACACAUCGCAGAAGACAACAGCGUUGCUGUGAACAAUGAAAACACUCCUCCCGCCGAGCGAGAUAUUACAAUGCAGACUUGUGAUGUCGGACAAGAUAAAUCUACGGGUGAGCCAACUGUUCAAAACGAAAUGAUCCCAGAAGAAUUGUUGUUUGCACUUACUCAGACUACUGGUGAACCAAGCAACAAAACUACAAAAAAUCUUUCACCAAUCAAAGCUGUUAAAACACCUGAAAAGCUACGGUUGGCAUUAAAGAAGGGACCUCCUCAAAAUGUGUGGCAUCAUAAGGGCAGACGAGUUCAGUUUAAACAUCUUACUGACAAUCCACGUUCAUUGGGUAAAGGAGUUGGAACCAGAGAUAUAUCAUUUCUCUUCGAUGUCUCAGGCCAAAAGAAACCACAGCCUCCUAAUCCGAAUAAAAAUGACAAAAGUGCAGUAAGAUUUGAAGCAGCCAACAGCACACAAGAUAUAAACAGCAACACAGCCCUUGCAGUUCCCGAUUCAAUAAUACCCGAGGAAUAUCAUGUUAUCAAAUCUCGUGCUGUUCUUGGUUUGGAAUACAUAGAUGAGGAAUUAACAACAAAACUAACCGACCAUGAUCAAUUGCUUCGAAUAUUUCCAUCCUUGAACCCAACUAAGCGAUUCGAGGUUCUUCAAUUGCUUCGAACGAUGGAUGCGAUGCUUGAACAAAGUGGGAUUGAUGAUGAAGCUGUAGAAGUAAAAGGACCAACUCAAAUACACAACCUACUUGAACUUAUAAAGAAAGAACAAACAAUAUAUGACCUUGUGUUCAGUGAGGUUAUACGUCAAGUAAGUGUGGAAUGCAUUGAGAGAGGACAACUGCUAUCUAAACUAAGAAAUAAAUAUGCUGAUCUACUGAAUAGGAUACCUCGUCAAAUGAAAAGUUUACACGCUGAGGUGAUGGCGCAAAGAUCACUUGAUAGAAGACUUACUGAGGAGUUGUUACGAUUUAAGUCUUCAAUUUCAUUUUUAACAACGGAGUUGCAAAAUGUAAGAGAACAUGAUGAACAAGUGACACAAGAUGCAAACAAAGCUGAAGCUGAUUUAGCGCAAGCAUUAAAGGAAUCGCAAACCAAUGCAAGCUUAGUUGACGAAUAUCAUGACUUAUAUGAACUACAAAGACAUCGACUGGAAGCUAACGUUUCAACUCUGACAGAAGAGAGAGAUAUGUGGAGCAAUGUAGCUUACAGUUUAUCACUGAAGAUAAUGACUAUAAAUCAUUUAAGUACUGCAAAACGACUCCAUGUCAGCGAGAAAGCGUGGUCAAAGUUAGCCGGGCAUUUCUCUGUAUUGUUAAGUGACCAAGACAGCGAAAACUUGUCACAAAUGCAAAAACAUGUUCAGCAAUGGAGAGACUUAAUGUUUCAUUUCAGUCAAUCACUGGAAGGGGCAGAUAAACGUUCGGUUGUUUCACUUGAGAAAGUUAAAGAAGGAAUCGAAACCUGGAUGGAAAAGUUUGAAUCCAUACUCAUGUCAAGCUCUUCUGAUGUUCGAUUCAUGAAAAUUCCUCCGAAUGAGUUUGUUGAGAAACUGAGCGAUGCCAUGAAAGAAUGGGAGGAGAAACUUGGUGAAGAUUCAGAACGAUUUGCUGGAGGACAGCUCUUAAACAACAAAGAGCAGCUCAGUAAGAUGAACAAAGAGUCGGAAGCAUGGACUGAAGUUGCAUUGCAUGUUUACAGACGCCAUAAAACUGACACUGGGGAAAGUUUUCCUCUUGCUACAACAAUGAUUGACCUCAAUGAAAAGUUUCAUAAUUUGGUAAAGCAACUCGAGAUCCGGAUAUCUGGAGAAAACGGAGUGGCCAAAGGAAUAAUUGCAUUGCAGAAUAAUUUGGAUAACUGGAGUAACAAACUUAUCAUGAUGUCACAUGGAGCUCAACCAUUGACGGACACCGAAUGGAUGCAACUUUAUGAUAAGUUGUUUGAAUACAGCACUUUACUUACAACUACAAUCCAAUAUGUUGGUAAACAACAGAGAGAUGAAGACAAGUUGAAUGGAGUUCCACAUACCAAGAUCGAAAUGAGAGAGAUGAUGAAGGAUGUUGAAGAUUGGAUGAAGAAGACAAUGAACAGGAUUGAAGCGGAAGAUGGGAAGUUGGUCGCUCAGGCAUCCACCAUCCACACAAAACUUGUCCACUGGAUGGCACAAAUGCUUCUCCAUCUUGCUCCUAAUCUUGAUAAUAGAUCAGCAAACAUGCCAUCAGAGAUGAGUCUUCAAGCAUUUUCAACAUUAGAAGACCUGAUUAAAAAAGCAAAAGAAAUAAGUGAACACAUCAGUAUGUUCACGGAAUAUGUGUGCCAAUGUUGCAAUGCAAUUGUCCUCAACAAGAUGCAGGAGAAGAAAGAUGUUGGAGAUGAAGAUGCUGAUCACGAAUACCGAGAUUUUACUCGAUUUAAGAGGGAAGCAAACGAAUGGAUCCAUACUUGCGAAAUUCUCCUUAACUCAGUAUUAGAGGAGCCGACAAAACUUUUGUCCAAGGAAGUUGUGAGCAGACUUGUUCCAUCAGAGGAAGGAAAAAGCACGACUGAAGAAAGUCCUCCAAAAACUCAAGCCAGCAGUCCGAUCACUCAACCAAAGAAAACUAAUCUAAAAAGAAUUCCAACAGUCCAAGAGAAAAAGGAAGUGAAAAAAGAGGAAACAAAAUCACCUGCUGUAGAAACGAUGAUUAAAGAGGAAGAAACGGUGAAAGUAGUUGAACCAGAAAAGAAUUCUCAAGAUAAAGUUGAAGAAAACGAAUCUGAACCAAGUUUACUUCCAACAAGAAUGGAGGUGAUAGGUUCCGAUGAAAAUGUUGGAACUUCAUCAUUGCUUGAAGAUAUUCCUCUUGGUGAAAGUGUGAGCAACAUUUUGACUCCUCCAUCAUCAAGUUUGACGCAAUCUGCAUAUGAUGCCAUCGCCAAAAUGGAUGAAGUUCAGAUGCAGUUACUAGAAACGGAACAACGCGCACAAGGAGCAGAGGAAAAAGUGAAUGAUCUUAAUCAAGAACUUAAUGAAGCAAAUGAAAGGAUUAGAGCAUUGGAGAAAAAGAUGAUGGACAUGGAAAAGAAAGAAUCUACGGAAGAAAAACCAGGAGUUUCUCUUCCAACUGUUGAAGAAAAGAAACAAGAAGAAACGUUACUUCAACCAAAAUCAUCUGAAACGGCGAAACGUGCUCCUUCACGAGGUUCAGGAAGUGGACAGCGAAAAUCCAAGUCAUCCAAGAAAAAAUAGUUUUAAUAUAAAUCAAAUAUUGCUUUUGUAUGUUGUUUAAAUGCCGUGUUAUUCUGAAGAAUAUAUUUCAAUUACUGCAAAACGAUAUUGAUUUGAAUCUGGAUUUCUAAGCAACAGUAGAGCUCCACGGUUGUGUAAUACCUCGCGGACAAACA